AUGGGAUAUUUGACUCGUCUUCAAAUGGAUUUUAUAGAUAUGAGAAAUGUUCAAGAUGGAGAAUAUAAAUGGAUUCUUCACACAAUGAAUCAUUUUACCAAAUUCUCUUGUGCUUAUUCAUUAAAAUCCAAAGAAGUUAAAUCCGUUGCCGAUAAACUUCUACAGCAAUUUUAUUCAUUUGGAGCACCACGUAUUUUGCAAUCGGACAAUGGGAAAGAAUUUGUGGCCAAAGUUAUUAAGGAUUUAAAAACCAGUUGGACCAACCUCACUAUUAUUAACGGUCGGUCUCAGGAUCCUCAAACACACGCUUUCGUUCAACACAAUAGCCAAAUACUUAAGUUAGCUCUAUAUAAAUGGAUUCAAUUGAAUAACUGUAAAAAUUGGUCUAAAGGUUUGGCACAAAUCAUGUAUUCGAUUAACACCAGUUCAACACAGUCUAUCAAAACAACUCCAUACGAAGUACUCUUUGGUCCGAAAUCAAGAUAUGACAUCGACAUGUGGCAAGUUUUGUCGGCACAAAAUGUCGUCAAUGAAGAGGAUCUUCCACAAGAUGUUAUUGAUAAACUAAAAGAAUACGAAAAUCAAAUGAAUGUUGUUGAAACUCCAACGUCUUUGAAUAUCAAUAAUUCAUUGACUUCUCUGGAUUUAGUAUCUCAAAUAUCAUUAGAUUUAACACUGCCUACAGGAUUGUCAUCAAAAUUUCAUAUGUCUCCUCAAAUGAAAAACAAACAGAGAAGUGAACUGCUUGCCAACGAGCAAAUUGAAUCUAUUGAUACUGUCGAAUUAGCUCAUCUAUAUUAUUUACCAAAAGCUCAUAAACUUGGUACUCCUUUACGUCCAAUUAUAUCUGGUUUAAAACAUCCGACAAUUAAAAUUUCAAAAUUUCUUGAUGAUUUACUUCGACCAUUAUUUGAUCAAAUGGCAUUAAGUACUGCUGUCACUUCUGGUUUUGAUUUAGUAAAACAAUUACAAGAAUGGUCAAAAAACAAUUUUAAACAAAAUACAAUAUUUUGUACAAUUGAUGUCACAGACCUGUAUACUAUGGUACCACAAAUAGAAGGAGUGCUUUCUUUAAGAAAAAUGUUAAAUGAAUUAAAAGUAAAACAAGUUGGCAAACUAAAAAUUGAAACAAUAAUUAGAUUAAGUCGAUUUGUUAUGACAAAUAAUUACUUCUCUUAUAAUGGUCAAUUCUAUCAACAAGUAAGAGGAGGAGCUAUGGGUUCUCCUCUUACUCUAACUAUUUCCAAUUGUUAUAUGUACUUCUUCGAAAGACAGAUAGUCAAUCAAAUUCGAAAUAGUGGUGGACUUUACUUCAGAUAUAUUGAUGAUAUAUUUAUUACAAUCAACUGGCCUGUUCGACACUUACUGAAGCAAGUAGAUAGAUGGAAUAAAUUUGAUGAAAAUAUUAAUCUAUCUGCAAAUAUUGGUUCAACUGUCAAUUUCCUAGAUUUAAACAUAGAAAAUCAAGAUGGUCAAUUAUAUACGACAGUCUUCCAGAAGCCAUCGCAUGAACCUAAUUAUUUGCCAUUUAACAGUAUUCACCCAUUACACAUGAAGAAGAACAUUCCAUUUGCUAUGCUACUACGAGCUAUUCGAUAUUGUUCAACGUUCCAAUUGUUUCUAAAUGAACGUGAAAAAUUGAGAAUGGCUUUAUUACUUAAUAAAUAUCCAAAUAAAAUUAUCGAUGAACAAUUCAAUAAUAUGUUAUUAAAAUUCAAUGUCAACGAACCAUUAACCGUCAAUAAUUAUAUUAGAUACCGUCAAAUAGUUAUAAACUCUCCUAUUAAAGAGAAACAACUAGUAAAUUAUGAGAAGUCAAUAUUUGUCCACUUUACCUAUUGUUCAAGUAUGAAGACAUUUCCUAUUAAAUUUCAUACCUUAUGGGAGAAAUACUUCGACAAAUCUCCAAUAAAUGAAGUUACCCCCAUACUUGGCACAAGAAAUGUUGAUAAUCUACAAAGACGAUUAAUACAUACCAAAUCGAAAAAUUAA